GGACCACGGUGCCGCGAAAGGCUGCGGCGGCGGAAUAGUUGCUUGCAUACAGAGCCUAAACGACAUCCCCGGUGGGAUGAAUUCUGAAAGCGUGAACGCGUGCUACUGCAACAACGGUUGGGCGUAUUUGCAGUGCGAAUACUCCGCCAUGACGGCGCGCUGCCCGUCCAGGACUAUGUAUGGUAAGUGCCUAGUAACUUCACCGCUCCCGCGACGUGCUCCUCAGCUCCUGCAGCUCACGCAAAAGCCCUCCUCGCCAGACGACUUUGUAGCGCAUCAGGCCUCCUGGAUCCAGUCCAUGUGCGGCACCACCCUUGCCACUCCUUCGACGCAGAUCGGGACGCCUUCCGCCCCAGAGCUUUCUUCCACCUCGGUCGGUAGUACAAACAUCACAAGCCGCUCCAAGACGUCGGCAAGAACCGACAAGCCUGCCCACUUGGGGACAGGCUCCACGACGGCAACAAGAACCGACAAGCCUGCCUACUGGGAGACAGGCUCCAUGACGGCAAUAAUAACCAGCAAGCCUACCUACUCGGGGACAGGCCCGCUCCUCACCGGUACCUGCGCAUCGCCUUCGUAUACCCUAGUCAACGCCGGGGUCACAGCAUACUGGGCCGGCUAUGUCGGCUGCACCAACGAUCGGCCCGAGUGUUGUCCCUGGCCCGCUGCGGACGUGGUGUACUCGGCCGUGUAUCUCGGUCAGGGCGCCGGCGGAAUUAAAUAUCCGUGGCCUGAGGAUGGUGCCCGAACCACCCUGCCACACUGCCCUGAUGACUACUACUCGGUGUCUGGAUCCUGCUGCCCCAAAGGAUUUUCCCCUUUCACGAGCGCCCUGGGUGGCCAGACCCCUUGUUGGUCGUCGGUCGGCCAUGUAACCUCGGCCCCGUCCCAAGUGGGCAAAAUUGGAGGGCAGCCAACGCCGGCCGCCGCCACCACCAUCUGGGCCGUUCAGUAUCCUGUUGCUUCCAAGCCGCCCCAGCCAGCACGACGGGUGCUAUCAGCCGGCAGUAUUGCCGGUAUCAUCAUCGGUAUCCUCGCGAUACUCUUCUGCCUUGUCCUCGUGUGGUUCUUCGUCUGGCGCAAGCGCAAAGCAGCCUUCCGUCAGGGCCUGAACUCACAGUACCCGCGAAGCGAAGGCACAGCCAUGACGGCAAUCAUUCGGGAUAAGAAUCAGAGAUCGAAUCCCAUCGGAAGCACGGCCGAAAACUCGCAAUCAAGCUUAACGCCCAUGGGCCCAUUCACGGCGCCGCAGCGGCAGCAACGGAAACAAGAAAAGAAGAAGAAGAAGGCAUCCCGUACAGCUCCACCUAUAGCUCCAUUCGUAGCUCCACUUCCCUCAAGUCAUGAAGAAGUCAUGGGAGAUCCGUACCACCGCCAUCUCAUGAAGGCCGCCAAAGCCUCUCGGAGCCGAAAGCCGUUUGCGGACCAGGAGGAGUUUUACGGCCUCGAAUCUGACCCAGCUUGGCUCGAUGGCAGCAACAAUGAUGGCGGCACAAGCGGUCCCCUGGCCUCCCCGAAACCACCGCCACUAGCACUGCCGAUUUCUAGGCCAGCGCCAGACUCAGAGGAGUACUACAACAUCGACCUUGUCUUGGGCCCCAUCGGCAGCCCCACCAAGAGCGAUCACGGCAGCGACAAGAGUGACCACGGAAGCACGGUCGGAGGCGCGAGGCUGCCUGACGUCGUCUCAUCGACAAAGGGCAAAGGCAAGGGCAGUACCCCCAACCCCAGAUAUGUGACCCUGCCACCUCGCCUAGGGCCGCCGCCACCACGUCCGCUGCCUCCGGUUCCCACCCCAUCGCCACGGCCUCCAAAGGCACAGCUCGCCGAAGCAGCCGAAGGGAGCGCGGGAGCCGCGGCCCCUCUAGUGAGUGACUUUUGUCCGGAUAACGGUUUCGGAGACGAGAUUAUGCUCUUCCCUCUUCCGCCAGCGGCCAUGCGAGAUGGUCAACAGCAGCAACACCAACGACAAAAGUCUCGACAGAAAGAUGAACCGCAAUUCCCACAAAGGCCACAGGAGCUGCCGCUUCAGCAACAGCAUCUCCAACAACAGCCACAAUUGCAGGUUCAUCAACCGCAGCCUUCACAAGAGCCGCAGGAGCUGCCCCUACAACAGCAGAAUCCCCAGCAAGGCAAGCCACAGGAGCAAAAUAGACCGCAGCAGCAACAAUAUGAAGCGCAGACGCAGCAACAUACGCAGGGGCAGCAACAAACGCCACAGCUGCAAGAGCAACAGAUGCAGGGGCAGCAACAAAUGCCACAGAUGCAGGGGCAGCAACAAAUGCCACAGAUGCAGGGGCAGCAACAAAUGCCACAGCUGCAAAAGCAGCAAACGCAGGGGCAGCAGCAAAUGCCACAGCUGCAAAAGCAGCAGACGCAGGGGCAGCAACAGAAGCCACAGUUGCAGAAGCAGCAGAAACCGCGAUUCUGGCGCAAGCGGUCGCCACCGCCAGAGUCAUCACAGAGACGCUCCGGCUACGACCCACGGCCGCUGCGCCACCGCCAACUGCAGGGACCAAUGCCCGAGCGACAGGGAUCCUACUUCGACCCUUAGCCGAUGGGAUACCCACUGCCAUUCAGCCAAACCUUAUCUGGCUGCACAUCGACUGCUAUAGAGAUGAGGAUUUGCUCGACGCCCUGUACCCUUUGUCAUCUCAAAU